UCCAGCAGCCUGCCGGCGCCCGCCGCGCUCGUGGUCGCCGUCGCCGUGGUCGUCGUGGUCGUGUCCACCGUCGCCUGGGCCAUGGCCAAUUACAUCCACGUCCCGCCCGGCUCGCCCGAGGUGCCGAAGCUCGACGUGACGGUGCAGGACCAGGAGGAGCAGCGCGCUGCAGCGACGGCGCACCUGCGGCCGCACUGGGACCCCCGCGAGGUGACCCUGCAGCUCUUCACAGAUGGGAUCACAAAUAAGCUCAUUGCCUGCUACGUGGGUGAUACCAUGGAAGAUGUGGUUCUGGUGAGAAUUUACGGCAACAAGACUGAGCUGCUAGUCGACCGCGAUGAAGAAGUGAAAAGUUUCCGCGUGCUGCAGGCUCAUGGCUGUGCGCCUCAGCUCUACUGUACCUUCAAUAAUGGACUGUGCUAUGAGUUUAUACAAGGGGAAGCUUUGGACCCACAGCAUGUCUGCAACCCAGCUAUUUUCAGGCUAAUAGCUCGUCAGCUUGCUAAAAUCCAUGCUAUCCAUGCACACAAUGGCUGGAUCCCCAAAUCUAACCUAUGGCUUAAGAUGGGAAAAUACUUCUCCCUCAUUCCCACAGGAUUUGCUGAUGAAGAUAUUAACAAAAGGUUCCUAAGUGAUAUCCCGAGCCCUCAGCUUCUUCAAGCGGAAAUGACCUGGAUGAAGGAGAUUCUGUCCAACCUGGGCUCACCUGUGGUGCUUUGCCACAAUGACCUGCUGUGUAAGAAUAUAAUCUACAACGAGAAACAAGGUGAUGUACAGUUCAUUGAUUAUGAGUAUUCUGGAUACAACUACCUGGCAUAUGAUAUUGGAAAUCAUUUCAAUGAAUUUGCAGGUGUCAGUGACGUAGACUAUAGUCUCUAUCCAGAUAGAGAACUCCAGGGCCAGUUGCUGCGCGCUUACCUCGAAGCCUACAAGGAGUACAAAGGCUUUGGCAGUGAAGUCACUGAAAAGGAAGUAGAGAUACUCUUCAUUCAAGUCAAUCAGUUUGCUUUGGUACGCUGUUGUUCGCUUUAACCAGUACUUUAAAAUGAAGCCCGAGGUCACAGCGCUAAAGAUGCCUGAGUAAAGAAGACACCUCAUUGUUCUCCAGGAGCUGAGCAGUGCUUGUGGAUGUUUCCUAAGAAAUUCCGAAAGCCAAUAUUUGUUAACACUCAUUUAAUUUGGUUAUCUUGCUUUACAAAUUAUGCCUCUAAACAGCCAAUCUAUUUUUAAAUAGAAUGAUGUUAAAAAUAUGGUUACUGUUGUCAGUAUGUGACGGGCUAGAGAUUUGUCCAUCAGUGGAAAGAAUCGAGUCGGCUUUAGCCUUUGGCAGCACAGUCCGUGUUACAUGUGAUGAUUUGUUACAGAUUUGACAUGACUGACUACUUCUCAUCUUUCCUUUGUUGGUUCAGUGUAUGAAAUGAGAUGUCGUAGAGAUCUUUUAAAAGUUUUGUUAUAGGGUUAAUUUUAGAAAAACAUUCUUGUUUGGUGUGACCUUUGUAAAAUGAAUCAUUUACUCUUGACAUGGCAGUCACUGCCUUCGUAGUAACUUAGGGUGUUCUAGACUUUUCUAGAGAAGUGCCCACUGAAGAGGGAACAAGGCAGUUACUGUCUCUAGGGGUAUACUUUCUUGAAUUGGAAAUUGGAAAUGAUUUCUCUGAAGAAUACAACUUAGAGUUAAAUUGUCUCUUUAUAUAGCCUGACAAUAUAAAAUAUAUUUACUGUAUAAUCCUGGAAUAUAAGUAUAACAAUUUAAUGUUAAAAUGUGUAUUAAGUCAUGUUUUAAAAUACUAGAUAUGGUCAUUUAAGGUAAUAGUCCCAGUUUUUAGAAUUUACCUAUCAAAUUGUUUCUAACCAAAAAUUUUGUUUAGCUUGAUUCUUUUUUUGUUUAUUUGGUAGUAGCUGAUAUUGUUCAUAUUUGAAACAAACAUACAGAGUUCAUCAUACUUGGAAGCAAGGAAUAUCAUUUAGAUUCUUUCUAUUCAGAUUCAUUCCUUAGGUUUGUUUUGUGUCUGUAGAGUCAGCAAAUGAUUGCUUAUACAUGUAAUUUCAGAGUAAUAUUGUUAAAGCAGUUAGAAGAACCAGUAAGGAACAUUUAGGUAGGUCAUUGAGCUUGAAUACUUAAAAUCUUAACAAAUAAGGAAAUGUGAAUUAAAUAAGUAGUCGUGGUAGGAGGACUUGUUUUAUCUUGUUUUUGUUAGUCUAGUUUUUAUUUUUCUACAGGUGUGAGAGGGAAGCAGUUAUUAAAUGGAAGGAAGUUAGGUCUUUGAGGUAGACCAGAAGGCUUUAAUCUUUGAAGACUGUGGACUUGAACAGUCACAGCUAACUUAACUUAGCUUAGUCAGACAGGCUUUGCACUUUGGUCACAUAAGUGCUUUUGUACUAAGUUGGCUCCAUGGAUCUGCAUAUUUAAAGUCUGUAGUGUAGAUCUAUCCUAAGACAUUGUCUGGUAUAUUGUUCCACAUGACUUCUGUUCUCAGACAAGUGCUUUAAAAUACUUGGAUUGUCUCAACGUGUUCAAAGCUAAUAAAGUAAGUACAAACACUUACAGGCCAUGGCCAUUUGAGAUGGUAAAUUCUAGCCACGUAAAUAGACUCCUAAGUAUGUGUCUCUAACAGUGUUAGACCUGGAUUUGGUUUCUACCUCCCUAAUGUUGUAAAGUUCACUUUUGUUUUUAUGAAUCACAUUACUGUAAGGUCAUUACAAUUCUGCCGACUUCUUUGAAUGAAAACAAAUAAUGACUAGCUCUUUUCAAUGUUAAAGCAAACCUACAAAAACUGGCUUAGUGGAAUUUUCAUUUGUGAUUGGAACAUUGUCAUAGAAUGAUAAAAAUGUGAGCCUCCUGAUUCUUUGCUUUCCUCCUCUUAAAAUCCAAGAGUAUGUGUCACGUGGAAACACUGGAGAAGACAGUGUUGGCUAGUCUGUUCCUGUUCUUACUUGAGAGUGAGUGCUGUGAGUGGAGGCUUACCAUGCUGCUGCUUCUGCUGGUGGUGGUGGUGGACUGCAUAGCAGCCAGCUGAGACCGCUGCCCCAGAGACGCCGGUGGCAGUGCAUGCACCGACAGCAAGGCAUCCUUGUUCACUCUGCUAGCAUGGAGGAGAUCUUGGAAGAAGACGAGCACAUGUAAACUGUUGUCCCCAUUCCUUGGCUAGAUUUGGGUGCUCUGAUGCGCCUGCUUCCCAUGCAGCUUUUGGGGAUCAUGGUGUAGAUUAUCAACAGGAUUCAAAAUGUCUUUCCUUUGUAUUGACCAUGUAAGGGAUUCUAAAGAGGGUACAUUGGGACAGCUCGGAAGAGCAUCCCUCUAAAAUGUGUCCUGUGGCUUGCUAGGAUGUUAGUUGCCUUCUUUUGUUAAGCUAAGGAACUUGAAUGCCUUACCUAAUCACUCAACUGGUGGUAAGCUCAUUUUGUAAAUAUGAAAGUGGAUGUUAGAAGUGGCAUUCAUGGAUGUUCAAUGUUAAUCAAUAGACCGUAGUGGCCUGGAUGCUGUAACAAGCAAAAUUUCACAUUUCUGCCCUCUACCCUGAUCCUGUCUCCCUGGCAUACCUGUAUGAUCUUGAACCUGACCAAUGAUAUUUGAUUUCCCUCCCCUCUUCUAAUCCUGUGCUACCACCAUUUUCUGGAAAUGAGAUGUGGUGGACACGUCUCACUGUUGACAUGAUCUGCCCGAGAUCAACAUGAGCACAAACCUCAUCAACUAGGUCUGCCUGGCGUGUAAAUAGGACAGUGUAAAUAAGCAGCUGUGAUUAGUGUGAGUGUGUCCUGCAUACAAGAGUGUGUAGUUUUGCAUUCUCCUUGGUAGAAGUUUUUCUGUCACUAAAUGAUCCAGUCUGUUGGUGUUUGGCUGGGAACAGUGCACACCUCUAGCUGUGCAGUGAGAUAGCAAGAACUGGAAGUAAGCUUUAUUGGGUUUAGUUAAUGUUGUAUUUAUUUAUUCAGCCUCUCAGUGCCUAAUAAGACUUUUCUCCAGUUUUUACUCAGCUGUUGAUUUUUGUGUGUGUGUGUAUUAGAUUCUGGGAAGCAGUGAAUUUAUAGCUCACUCUUUGAGUCACAAUUUGAGGGUAAAGGAAGCUAAAAAUGUAAUUUGGUGUUUAUAAACUGAAGUGUGGCCCCCUUUUCUAUUUUCAGAGUUUGUUGACACUUUGGACAAAAUCUUGGUAUUCAGUGUGACUGUAAAUCACACCCAUACAAGACAUAGGGCAAAUGGCAUCUCUUAGUUUUGUCAGGCGGCUUCUCUGGAGCAGUUCAGUGUGGGGCUAGCUGUGAGAAGAAUGGUGGCUUUUAUGACAACUAUCCCGUGUUUAUUUUAACUUUAUGAGUUUAGACUUAAAGGAAGAAUUCCCCCAAGUCCUCAGGCCUCUGAGUUACCCAGAAACCGCCUGUUCCUCCUGAUGCUCUCACUACCUGGUGGAGAAAGGGAGUCGUGUCAGGUUUGGGCUUGGUUUGUCUUGACUUGCUUUUAAGCAUUUUAUACUGCAUUCCUGAGUACUGUAGACUUAAAUAUUUCCCUGUUAAUCUGUCAUCCCAUUGACAAAGUCAACAGUGCUUUGUCCUGGGGUUUUCCUAGUAGCAGCAUCGUGUGCUACCUCACACAGAAGGUGAGCGCAGGUGGAGACUAGCCUCUGAGUGUCUGUCACUUCCGGGCCUGUCGCCGUGGUCUUUCUUCUCCAUCAGAUGUCACGAUAGCCUUUCCUGUGAAGCUGAGCUGCAUCUUCAGUCAUGUUUCUGGUGUGGAAGGCAAGAUGAGGCACAGCGAGCUGCCUUUCCCUGUAGUGACGGCAGUGUUAAGUCUUGGCUUUGACGAAUGCUAUUAGCUACUCCAGAUAAAACAUCCCUGUUUUUGGAACUUCAGCCCAUAUUUCUGUAAAAGGAAAUACUUGAGGUUUUUGUAUUACUUUGGAUUCCUGAAGACUAAAUUCAGUGAUACGUUAAAUGAGUUAGAUUUGUUUGAGUAGUUUUUAUGCUGAAAAAUUUUCAAUUUUGGCACAAUUUGAUAUGGGAAGAAACCCCAAAGUGUUUUUGGAUUAGAAACAAAUACUGAUGCUUCACUCAUAAGCACUUUAAAGUUGUAUGUUGGAGGCUACUCUCCUGGACUGUGCGCUGUGGUACCACCAACACCACCUUUUUCCAUUGUGCAUUGUAUGGCGUGUAUACUUGCAAAAAUACUUCUUAAAAUAGUUACAGUUUUACCUUUUAGUUAUCUUGCUCACUGUGAUAAUUUUGAGCCGAUUAAUACGUUAAUAAAACACUAGAUGCUUACAGAACUGAAACAUCACCUUGUCUUUUGAUUGGUUUGUGAAAGUGGAGCAGGAAAACCU